AUGCCAUCAUCAAUUAUUUCAUUACUUGCUUCAGUUAGUAAACAAAUAACUAUUUAUCUGGGUUCGUUUACUCUUAUUGCUGGUGUCAUUGGUGGAUUACUAAACAUUGUUGUUUUUCUUAGUCUAAGAACUUUUCGAGAAAGUUCUGCUGCAUUUUACUUAACUGUUAUGUCUAUUGUCAAUGUAGGCCAAUUGCUUACAGGUUUACUUUCUCGUAUUAUGAGUAGCGGUUUUGGUAUUGAUUGGACAUUAACAUCUUUAUUUUAUUGCAAAUUUCGAUCUUACUGUUUUAAUGUAUGUGCAUCAACAUCAAUGACUUGUGUUUGUUUGGCAAUCAUUGAUCAAUAUUUAGCCACUUCUUCUCGUGUACAAUGGCGACAAUGGUGUAAUAUAAAAGUAGCUCGUCGUUUGGUAUUAGUAUUUGUUCUCAUUUGGAUUAUUCAGGGUAUUCCUUAUAUAAUUUAUUAUGAUCAGGUUAUAUCGACAACAACAGGUCAAGUUACGUGCAUAAUUACAAAUAAUAUUUUUGUACAAUAUACAACCUAUGGUAAUUUUCUUGCUUUUCAAAAAAUUCUUCCUAUCUGUAUUACAUUUGUGUUUGGACUUUUGGCUUAUAAUAAUGUGCAACAGUUAGGCUAUCGCACUGUACCUCUCGUUCGUCGUGAAUUAGAUAAACAGUUGACAGUGAUGAUUUUAGUUCUCAUUGUUUUUGCUUUUUUUACUAAUAUGCCAUAUACUGUUAUCUACAUUGUAUCAACAACAGCGCAAUUCACUCAAGAUCCUGUCCUAUCAGCACAAAUACAGUUUGCGAGUCUUGUGACCACAUAUCUUAUUUAUAUAUAUUUUGCAAGUCCAUUCUACAUAUAUGUAUGUGUAUCUAAUCGAUUUCGUCGACAACUAAUAUAUGUAUCAUUUGAGAUAUAUGUCAAUCGAUUUCGAGGAAGAAGAAUGGUAAUCAAUCAAGUUAUGCCAGAAACUUGA